AGUGAAUUUCAUAGGACCGACUCUAUGUGAGGCAUCAUGUGGUGGUUUAGGCGAGGGCUCUGCGCUCUCCCUGUGGCUUUGGUUAUCUGGUCAUCUGCUACAUUACUCCUGUCGUAUGCCAUAGCAGUUGUGUUGGGUCAUGCAGACCUGAUCGUUCCAUACAUUAGUGACACUGGCACUGAGGUCCCUGAACGCUGUGUGUUUGGCUUCAUGCUCUCAAUCUCAGCUUUCUUAGGUUUAGGCACUAUGUAUGUGCGAUAUAAACAAGUUCAGGCUUUGGUUUUGGUCUCUGAGUCAGGUUUACAUCUGAUGAAUUACACGGCUCUUCUUCUGGGCAUCUUUAGCUCUGUAGGGAUGUGUGUCGUCGCCAACUUCCAGAAAACAGAUAUAAUAGCUGUACAUCUUUUGGGGGCGGGGCUAACAUUUGGCCCAGGAUUGUUGUAUAUCCUGAUUCAGAUUGGUAUAUCAUACCGCAUGCAACCACGUUUCCAUGGCAAAUAUAUUCUCUGGUCACGUACGGCUGUUGGAAUCUGGUCUCUCAUCAGCAUCGUUACAUUAUCCAUAUCCUCUGUUUUAAUGUAUGAUGCCUUGCCUGGUGCAGAUGUGGCCGAGAAAUUACACUGGCAGUCCGGAGAAAAUGGUUUCAUAGCUCAUCUGUUAAGUGCUGCAUCUGAAUGGUCUCUGGCAUUCUCCUUCAUCAGCUUCUUCCUCACAUACAUACCAGAUUUCCAGAAAAUUUAUCUGCGGGUUCAGCCUGUUCUUCAGAGUAACCAUCUUUAUCCUGACUAUGAAGGGAGAGAUAGCAUGCAACAUGGUGAACGCUCACCCCUAUUGGCAGGUGCCAUCUGAAAAACUCUGCCCCCUAGUGUCACACAUCUAACACUGCAGUGGAUAUUCAGUUCCUCCCUUUCACAAAUCUGAAUACUCCAGGACCGGAAAACUAAAGUAUAUUUAGUAAAAAAAAGCAUUUGUAUGUGAAUCCUUAAAUUUUGGUAAGGCUAAGAACACUUGUGUAAUGUUAACCACAAAUUAACCAGUUUUUGUAAGUCUUUUAAUAUUGUAAAAAACAUUCUGACAGCUUUCAGUGCUUUUACAGUCAUUUGCGAAAUGUCGAUAAGAUGAAAUGUAUAUUUAUAAGAUGGACAGACAUUUCUUUAAUUUAGCAUGUUUUCUGUGGCUCAGCUUCUGCAAAAAACUACCAAAGCUUCAAGCUGAAACAGAUCUAACAUACAUUAAAUACAGCAGCUUAUUACACAAAUACCCCAACACCCAUUAAGACCAAAACACAAAGACAACAGUAGUAAAAUCAUAAAUAAAAAAAAAA